AUGUAAAUUAACUAAUUGCCAUCAAAUUGCAAGGAUAGAUUAGCAGAUCUGGAAGCUCGUAUUCUAAAGAAGCCUAAAGUUGAAAUAUUGGAGGCUUUCCAAAGAGGAGAUUCUUUUGAGGUUUUUUCUUCUGAAAAGGAGCGCAAAUUGCCUACUAAAUAAUUAUCUUUACAAGGAACUCCUCGUAAGAGUUCUAGUGAUCAAACACUCUUUCGAUAAUUAUAAAUUACGUAGUUUACAAAGAAUAUGUAGAGGAAAUAAAAUUAUAAUAAUAAUUUCGAUUUAAACGUGGAUGAAUUAUAAAAUGCUGAGUAGACAUUGAAAGAGAAAUUAAAUGCUAUAGCCAUAUAGGAUAUCCGCAUAAAGGAAUUGGAAGCAAGAGUUACUGAAUUGAAUUAAGAAUUAUAAGAACAAAAGGAGCAGCAAUUCAAAAGUGAGAAUGCAAUAAGAUAAUUUGUUAUAGAAGUAGAUUAAUAUGAGAGAAUGCAUAUGAUAAUGGAAAUAGAGAAAAAUAAAGAGAAACUAGGAGAAUACUCUUAUUAGAGAGAGAAGACUUAGAUUCAGGAAGUGUGGGUGGAUGGAAAGGAAAUAAAGCAAAUCAAAGAAAAGAUUAAAUUGAUUGAAAACUAGAAAGAAGAAAUAGAGAAUAAAAAAAAAUAAUUUUAGUUUCAAUCUUCUUCUUAAUAUCUGAAAUAUGUGUUAUUAUCUAAAGAAUAAUCACUAUUAUAAGAGUAAUUAAGUCGCUUGGAAAAUGAAAGACAAAUCUUUAUAAAGUAAUUAAGGAGAUAAUAUGAUGAAGAACAUGCUCGAUUCAAGAAGAUUAAUGAGUAUAGAACAAUAGGAGAAAGAUAUGUGCUAUUAUAAUUACUAGGUAGAGGAGGCUUUAGUGAAGUAUAUAAGGGAUAUGAUUUAAAAGAGCUUAAAUAUGUUGCUUGUAAAAUACAUCAAUUGAAUCCAGAUUGGUCAGUCAAUUCAAAAUCAAAUUAUGUUAAACAUGCAACAAGAGAGUACAAAGUACAUAGGGAAUUAUAACAUCCUAAUAUAGUGAAGUUAUAUGAUUCAGUAGAAAUCGAUAUGAAUGCAUUUUGUACAGUUCUAGAAUAUUGCGAUGGCUGUGAUCUAUCAAUCUAUAUCAAGAGAUACAAGUAGUUUCAAGAAAAAGAAGCCAAAUUAAUUAUCUAAUAAGUGUUAAAUGCAAUCAAAUAUAUUCAUUAGAGUAACAUUAUUCACUAUGAUAUCAAACCAUAAAAUAUUUUAUUUCAUCAAAAUGAAAUCAAAUUAUCAGAUUUUGGAUUAUGUAAGGUAGUUGAUAAUGAUAAAUCUAAAAUGGAAUUGACAUCAUAAGGUGUAGGCACCUAUUGGUAUCUUCCACCAGAGUGUUUCCAUACCGGGGAUUAACCUCCCAAUAUCUCUAAUAAGGUUGAUAUUUGGUCUUUAGGAGUAAUCUUUUAUGAAAUGCUUUAUGGAGUGAAGCCCUUUGGACAUGGAUAUAGUCAAGAGACUAUUUUGAAAGAAAAAAUUAUUUUAAAAUCUGAAUGUGUAAAUUUCCCCGCAAAACCUGUGAUUUCUAACGAAUGCAAGGAUUUUAUAAAAGGAUGCCUCAAUUAUUCUUAGGCUGAAAGAUUUGAUAUAGUUUAAGCUUGUAAUCAUUAAUACAUGUAACAGAGAAAAUGAAAAUAAUUAUAAUAAUAUAUUCUUUAUAUUUAUUCAUUGAAGA